AUGCAUUUACAAUCUCUAUUCGUUCUCGCGGCCACCCUGCCGUUGGCUUGGACGCAUCAGCACCAUGGUGGCAUUGGCCGCCGGUCGGAACAGGCUCCGAUGAGCCAGCCGGGACUCUCCAUCAACGGCAUCCCAUACAGUACCCGGGCGUAUUGGAUGCGCAAGGCCAAUCAGGCCUUGUUUGAUGUGCUCGGUGAUGCGUGCCCAUUCGCUGCGUUUGGCACCGUUAUCGUGAACCACACGGUCGACGGACUCGGGGAUUUGGUGUGCAUUGGUGCCAAUACCAACAAGGUCACUGGUAACCCGACACUACACGGUGAGAUGGCCGCUAUCCAAAACUGCAGCGAAAUCUUUACCGACCCGUCUGGCCCGUACAAUAUGACGGCAGCAGAAGCCCUUGAUGCCUUCUCCCAGCUGUCGUUGUACACGAAUGCCGAGAGCUGCCCAAUGUGUGCAUCUGCAAUCCAGUGGUCUGGCUUUGCUGAAUACAUAUAUGGAACGAGUAUCGACACCUUGAUUGAAAAGGGUUGGGGCCAGAUUCGCAUCGGGUCAAUGGAAGUCUUUCGCCAAUCGUUUGACAUGGGUACUACGACCAGGCUCAUUGGCGAGGUACUAACGAAUGAGACGGAUCCUUAUUUCUUGUGGCAGUAUGACCCCAGCUAUAGUUGUCCCGAGGGGUGCAGUCGGUCUGGAAGUACUUGCAGCAAUACGCCCACCACGGCGUGA